CCUCUGCGGAAGACAAACAGAAGGUGUCUGUGUUUGCAUAUAGAUGCCAGUGUAGAAUAUCCGGGAGUGCAUGUGCAAAGGUGACGUUGAGUCAGGUGCGCACCCGAAUAUGAACUGCGAGGAUGUCUGUCUCUGCCAAGAUAUUCCAGCCCUUUAACCUCUGAGAGAUCCAUGUUUCUUGUGAGGUCUAUUCCUUCCUGACAAGUGCCCCUCUAAGCUCUACGGUCCAAGGGCAUACCCACCAUGCCUAGACUUCAACCUUUUAAGGAUUCUUCAUUUAGGAAAUCGCAUUAAUUCAAGAAGGAUGUUUGAUUUUCCUAUAACAGACACCGAUCUCCUGUCAGUUCCUGAUCCAGAAGACGAUGAAAUGUUAGAUAUAGGACCAUCUACAGAACAGUCAGAGGCAGAAAGGGAAGGCCUAAAGCUGCGGGAGGAUGUGAAGUUUUACUUUAUGAGUCCCUGUGACAAGUACAGAGCACGACGCCAGAUUCCAUGGAAACUUGUCCUCCAGGUCCUGAAGAUUGUCAUGGUGACCACACAGCUUAUCCUCUUUGGGUUGAGCAAUCAACUGGUUGUGUCCUUCAAGGAAGAGAACACGAUGGCUUUCAAGCACCUGUUUCUAAAGGGCUAUACUGGCGUUGAUGAGGAUGACUACAGCCGCACAGUUUACACGCAGAUAGACCUUUAUGACAGCAUUUUCUAUGUGAUUGACCAGUACCGCCGGAUCGGAAACCUUUCGCUUGGUACGGUCAGCUAUGAAAAUGAUGAAAAAAGAAAAGGGCUGAAGAUCUGUAAACAGCAUUACCAUAGGGGGUCCACACAUCCGUUCAAUGAUACUUUCAGUAUAGACCCUACAGUGGAAACAGAGUGUUUACAUAUGGAGCAGGAGCUUUUAGCCAGUGACCUACCUCGUGACGCCAUCAUAAAUUCCACUUUCUUUAAUCUAGAGUUUUACAGGCUUCUCAAAGUUGAAAUCUCCUUUAGGCUGAAAGGAAUUGAUCUGCAAACCAUCCGAGUCCGAGAACUGCCCGACUGCUACCUGUUCCACAAUAAGAUAACCUUCAAUAACCAGGCCCAUAGUGGCAAAGUCAAGAUUUACUUUGAUAGCGACGCUACCAUUCAAGACUGUAAAGACUGGCACAUAUCUGGCUCCAUUCAGAAGAACAAUCAUUACAUCCUGGUUUUCGAUGGGUUUGUCAUCCUGGCGUGUCUGACCUCUCUCAUUCUCUGUACUCGAUCCAUCAUUCUGGCUGUAAGGCUGCAAAAGAGGUUUGUGCGUUUUUUCUCGAGUAAAUACAAUCGUCGCGUGUGCUCGGCUGAUCGAUGGGAGUUCAUAAAUGGCUGGUACGUUAUGGUCAUCAUUAGUGAUUUGAUGACCAUCAUCGGAUCUGUGAUGAAGAUGGAGAUUAAAGCCAAGAACCUGACCUCGUAUGAUGUGUGCAGUCUUCUUCUCGGGACAUCCACCUUACUGGUUUGGGUUGGCGUCAUUCGAUACUUGGGUUACUUCCAAAAGUAUAACGUGCUGAUAUUGACCAUGCAGGCAUCAUUUCCCAAAGUGUUAAGAUUUUGCUGCUGCGCAGGAAUGAUUUACCUCGGAUAUACUUUCUGUGGUUGGAUAGUGCUUGGUCCUUACCAUGAAAAGUUCGAGGAUCUGAACACCGUGGCUGAAUGUCUCUUUUCCUUGGUCAACGGAGAUGACAUGUUUGCCACUUUUGCGCAAAUCCAACAGAAGAGCACCCUGGUGUGGCUGUUCAGCAGACUGUACCUAUAUUCCUUCAUGAGUCUGUUUAUCUACAUGAUUCUAAGCCUGUUUAUUGCACUUAUAACGGACUCCUAUGAAACCAUUAAGAACUACCAGCAAAAUGGUUUCCCGGCAACAGACCUUAAUGAAUUUUUAAAUGGUGGCGAUGUCCUGUUUGAAAUGCAGACCUGUGAAAAAAGACCUGCGAAGUGCGUUCCUAUGAUCUGCUGCUGUCUGAGAAGACAAGAAGACGACGACUCCGUCCUUAUAAACUGACACAGGAUUGUUGGGGGUUUCUUUAUUAUCACACAUGGUGGACACUUCUUGAAUACGUCUCGUACCUUGGAACUAUUUCCUAUUUGAUGGAUGGCUUCCCCUUGGAUCGGUGGUUUUCCCAGUUGCUGGUGCUAACCAUUAAUAGGUGGGUGUCAUAAAGGUCUUCAACGGAUUCUGCCAAAUUCCCCAGUAAUGCAGUGUUUGUGGUUUCAUUGCAUCGUCCUCCUUGUCAGCCGGCUGCACCCAGUAUUGAAUCUUACAUCUCCAGAGAAACCUUUUAUUUUUAUGCACUGAAUAAUUUAUAAAAGUGGUUUAUUUUCAUAAAUGUGAUUACUUACAUGGGAUUGUACAAGUAUAAUAAAAAUGCUUUAUA